CAGCCGGGCAGCGGCCAUGGCGCUCGCCGCCCAAGCGCUGCGGGAGCUGUGCGCCAGCGGCGGCUGCCUGGAGCGGGGCGAGCUCCAGCGGCGGUUGCCGGGCCGGCCCACGGCGGAGCAGCUGGCGCUGGUGCUGCGGGACGCGGAGCGGUUCACGCUGGUGCGGCGGCCCGGCGAGGCCGGGGCGGGGGCGGCGGCAGGGGUGGUGGCGGUGGUGGCCACCAGCCCGGUGCGGCUGUGCCAGGACCACGGCGCGGGCUGCGAGGGGUGGUGCGGGCAGCUGCACCUCUGCAAGUACCACCUGAAGGGGCUCUGCCGCAACCAGCAGGCGAGGAAGGAAUGCAGGUUUGUUCACAACUUCCACUCGGACCACAAUCUCUGUGUUCUAAAACAAUAUGGACUUCAGAGUUUAAACAGUAAUGAACUUCGCCAGCUUCUGCUUCAAAAUGACCCUUCCCUCUUACCAGAGGUCUGCUUGCAUUAUAACAAAGGUGAUGGACCUUACGGAUCUUGUACCUAUAAAAAGAUCUGCACCAAACUGCAUGUUUGCCAGUACUUUUUGCGGGGACAGUGCAGAUUUGGCAGCAGCUGCAAGCGAUCCCAUGACUUAUUAAAGUCAGAAUGUUAUGAGAAACUGGAGAGACAGGGAAUAAGCUCAAACAUUAUUGAGAAACUACCCUCCAUUUAUAGGAAUAUGUAUGACAUAAAAAAUGGCAACAGGAACAUGUAUGACAUAGAAGAUGCUGAGUCUUCACCGUGCAAAGAAAGAAAACACAGCUCUAGCCGAGAGUCCUCAACUACAAAUGAUGAUGAAUUGGAACAGAUCUGUUUAUAUCAUCUGUACAGAAGUUGUGACUUUAAAGACAAGUGUAUCAGAAGUCAUUUUCACUUGCCAUAUAGAUGGCAGAUCUCUGAUGGUAAUACCUGGAAGGACUUGAAGAAUAUGGAAGAAAUAGAAAAAGCAUAUUGUGACCCCAAUAAUGCCAGAUUUAAUAACGUUGUUACUGAAAGUGGCUCUGUCUUGUCAUGUAUCUGUUUUCUGAAUAUGUGCUGUGGGUUUGCAAAGGUUAGACGUCUUUCUACAGCCUCCUCUGUGACCAAACCCCCUCACUUCAUUCUUACAACAGAAUGGAUCUGGUACUGGAAAGAUGAAUAUGGCCAGUGGCAGGAAUAUGGAAAAAAAGAUGAUGAUCAUGUAGCUGCCACUGUCUCCAGUGAUGACCUGGAGAAAGCUUAUAUAGCCAAAGGUUCUCCAAAGCUGAACUUCAAAGCUGGAAGACAUGAAUAUGAAUUAAAUUUUGGAGCCAUGAUUCAGAAAAACCUUCGCUACACAACAGAGAGAGAAAUUUGCAGAAGACCUAAAUUUGUGUCUCAGACAGACGUAGAAAAGACAAGAGCAAGGGGCUUUAAACAUACAGAAGAGUUUAAGGGCAUUCCAGCUCACUGGGACAAAUCUGCCCUGCCUGAACUGGGAUUCAAGCUGAUUGAGCUUGACAGUUCUUCAGAAGAAUACAAGAAAGUCAAGGUGGACUUUCAACGCACAAUGCCCAAAACAGUUAUUAAAAGGAUUUGUAGAGUUCAGAACCCAUCUCUCUGGGAACUGUAUCAAUGGCAGAAGGAACAAAUGCAGAAGAGCAAUGGUGGAAAGGCUGUGGAUGAGCGAUUUUUAUUUCAUGGGACCAGUAAAAAAUACGUUGAUGCCAUCUGCCAGCAAAACUUUGACUGGAGGAUCUGUGGCCUUCAUGGGACAGUCUACGGCAAAGGAAGCUAUUUUGCAAGGGAUGCAUCUUAUUCUGACAACUACUGCAGGGAAGGCUCAUACACCAAGACCAUGUUUCUGGCACGGGUGCUGGUGGGGGAGUUCACUCUUGGUAGUUCUUCUUAUGUUCGGCCUCCCUUGAAGGACAACCAAAACUUCUAUGACAGUUGUGUGAAUAACUCUUCAAACCCUUCUAUCUUUGUCGUCUUUGAGAAGCAGCAGAUUUAUCCAGAGUAUCUCAUAGAAUAUGUUGACCAAGCAUUGGCAAAAAUGCUAUAGCAGCAAAACCGGUCAUCAUUAUGUUUAGCUGGUAUAAACAUGUUUUUAGUAUUGGCUUAAGAGAGAAAAAGUGAUUUUUAGAAGUUGCGUAAUUAGGUAGGUGAGUGUUCAGAAACAUUUAUUCUUUAUCCUUUCCAUGCAAUAGAAAAUGGGUAAAAAGACACAAAGGAUGUCUUAGAAUUCUCAAAAUCCUGUGUCUGUCUCCUAUUCUUUAGCAGGUAUCAUGUUUCCCUGCAUUACUAGAGACUUUUAUAAAUUUAUUAGAUGAAUUCACUGAUGGUUGUAACAUGAAGAUUGGCUAUGACUGCCAAGUUUAAACAAUAUUUAGUUGUAAUUGUUUCAGGAUAGAACUUUACAUGUGCUUGUUGGUCAGAGGCCGUCUCCUUCUACCUGUCUAUCUUUUAACUCAAAAUUUGAUAAAACCUGCUUUUUUUAAUCAUCUGUCUCAUGUAACAGUAGACAUUCAAGUGUUUGCAGAUGAGACUGUACAAUCUCUGUCUCUGUGCUUAACUCAUUGCCUAAGUUCUUAGCAGCAUUGAUUUUUGUCCCUACUUAAUCUUCACCAACAAAGCCUCAAAAAUUAAACUUGCUUGUUGAAAAGGAACAGAGACUUAUUUUCACUUGUUAAUUUUCUCAUUUAAAACAAGUACCAAAGACAUGAAGCAUAGCAAGGGUUGCUUGGUGCUGUGCUAUUCAGUUUACUUUAUCAAAUAAAUGCUGUAUUUUAGGUCUGUGAGAACAUGAGCUUUUCAUGAUUUUCACUGCACCUCCAAAUGCGAAGAGUGCUGGCAGGUGCCGGCAGGGAAGAAGAGGAGGCAACUCACCCUGUCAUUUAAGAGUAUCAUACUUAGGAGUGAAAUACACUGCUUGCACUCCUUGAUUAGCAAUACACUGUUCAGUGGAGCAACUUUAUGGUUCUCUUACAGCUGUUGGGAAGGACAGUGAGUGACUAUCUCUCAUUAGGUGUACUGCCCAUUUGGUUGCAGGAGAUGCACUGGUUACCUGUGUAAUCAAGGUGUCUUUGGACUUUCUUGCAGGAAAAAUAUGCUUACCUGGGGAGUGGUCUUCAGCCACAGAGCUGAAACCUUUAAAAAUCUGAAGAUUAGGUUGAAUAUUUAAUUGUUCUCAGCAAAAGAUGUUAUUAGUGUUGAGCAGUCAGCAUACAUGUACGCAGAUAAUCAAAAAACUUGAACUGUCAGGUAUUUCUUAAGAUUAAAGUUGCUGAUGCAUAGACAGAUACUUUAUCCCAGCUUUAAUGCUCCCAAAUGAGUACUUGUUAGAUAUAGCGUACUGCAAAAGCCUUAAGAUACACUUUGUCUAGGAUCAAAAAAAGCUCAUCUCUACCUGUAUUCUAGAAGCACUUCUUUUUAAUUCAUCUGGAUGAUUGACAGGUGUACACUGGGUAACUUCAUUACUUCAGCACUGUGAACCAGGAGCUUAGCCAUGAUUAGCUGGAGUAAGGCUGUGCAGGACUCCUUUUUAUAUGAACUGUGAAACUAGCAGCAUAAUAUCUAAAGGAAAAUACUCCUAUUUGUGUUUAAACCCAGUAAAACACAGAAUGUGGACAAGCAAGUUGACUGUAUUCUUUCUUUUGAAAGAUUUGUAAUAGAACAUACAUGAUAAAUCUAAUGUCAGCAAAUGCGACAUUCAUUGAGGAGGAUAAAAUUACGUAUGAAAGAUUUCAUACCUGUGCAGAAUAAGAUUUUUCUGCCAAAACAAAAAACAUGUUCAUCUAUGCUUUCAUGGCAAAUGAGAAUACUGGUAGUAUGCCUUUCUUCCUCUGAACAUAACCAGCAUUUCAGCUAAGAACUGGAAUAGCUAAAGUCAUGUUAAUCUUUUGCCAGAAAAUUGAAAGAAACAUUUUUUCAUGCAAAAAGUUGAGAUAUUUUUUAAUAACAUUUUUGAUGGCUUGGAAUAUUUUUAAAACCUUUAACUUAAUUCUUGGUGGGGAUGUGUGUGUGUGCAUGUGUGUAAGUAACUGGAAUAAAAUGGAUGGUUGUGUUACUUUAUCAUCUGUUAUUUCUCCAUUAACACACAAAAAAGAAAAGUUACCGUGUUUUCCACUUUUGAAACUGCAGUGGUAACUUUCUUGUGUGUAGUAAAUAAACAGGUAUUCAAACCACUAAA